AUGCCUAUCAUCAAAAUGCUCGUCAAGGGUAUUGGCUCAGGUAUAGGCCUGGCCUCCGAAGCCGUUGCCGACUACAAAGAAAGGAAAGCCGCCCGAGAGCGGGGCGUCUCCCCCCAUCCAAGAAGCGAGGUCGAUAUCGGCGAGAGUUCAAGAUCCAAUGCCGACGAGAAAGGACCGGCUGAGGAAAAAAGCGACCUCGGAAAAAAAGCCGCCGAAGAUGACGACGACUCAGACUCGUCCAGCGUCAGCACCUCGGACUUGGACAAUGACAAGGCUGAAUGGGCCCUCGAUGAAGCCGCUGCAGAACUUGAUUCACCUCCUCCAUCUUACAGCGAAGCGUCUGCCCAGUCCCCUCUCGCCUCUCCUGAAGAAGUCGUCAACGCUUUCCUACACAAUCACAAAGUCACAGCCGCGCCGUCCCAGACAUACCAACCACUCCCUUGCCCUGUUAUCCUUCCCCAGCGCCGACCGAAAGAUAAAUCUCGAGGCUUUGUGCGUGCCUAUGCGCCGCUGCUUGGAGAAUGCUCAGGCAUCGAUCAGAAGACCUUCAUCGACUUCCUCAGCGACUUCGACAGGGCCUCCAAAGCUAGCCCGGUCUUCGACGUGAUCAACCUGGCCUGCUUUGCCGUUGGAUUCGUCCCUAACCCUAUCGUCAUGGGGGUCACGAUCGCCGUACAAGUCGCCGCCACGACGGCAAAGGAAGUGCAAUCACGCCACCGCCGCAACACCUACCUCGAUCAAAUCAACGAGAUUCUCUUCAAGCCUCGCGGUCUAUAUUGCAUGAUCAUGACCUUCAAGCCGGCCAAUCCGCACGACCCGGUCCUCGACAUUGACAUCUCCGGCCUGCGAUCCACCGACGAAGCACUGGUCCAAGCCACCUCGAUCCCAGACUCGGAGCUGCGCCAGAACUUGAAAAAACUCCGCCUCACCUCCGGUGUCACCAAAGGCGAAAUGUCGCUCCCCGAGUCCGCGCCCCUGAUCUUCCCGGCUCUCGACACUGCGGCGCAAGCUGUCCUUGACGGUUCUGGUGAACUCCCCGAGAAAAAAACCAACGCCCUACAAGCCUCAGCGGGCUUCCUAGCCAGCUACCUCGACCGUCGCGCCCAGGCGUCCUACGCCGGCAUGUACCCGGACAGCAAACUCGUGAUGCCACCACCAGAGAAGAAGUUUGCAUCCCGCUUCGCAGACCCGAACCAUCCGGCCAACUCGGGAACUAUUGUCGGCCUGUUGACGGGGGGCAAGUUCGAUCCUAAGGCCAAGAAGCGCGGGAUCAGGGCCCAACGGCGCGCCCGCAGGCGGGGAUACGAGCUUAGUGAGAUAGACAUUCGCAAUGCCGAAAUGGGCCGUCUGCCUCGCCGCAAGAAGGGUGGGGUCAUUCGUCGUGUCCUCCACAAGGAUGUCCUGUACUUGACUGUUGUGAAUCUGCCCUCGGACAGAGAAAUGAAAGAAAUAAUGCAAGCACUGGAGAGGGCCAAGAGCCACAGUAGCUUUUAG